AUGGCCAAAAGAGUUGUUGCCAGAUCUUAUACCAACCCAAUUAAAAAAAAAAAGGGCAGAAAUUUUAAUGUGUCGACGGACCAGAACCGGCAAUUGGAACCGGUCAACCGGUACCGUAAAUAUCGGAAUUUUUCGAGGGUUCGUGCCGGUACCGUAUUCCGGACCAUUGGGUAUGGUAUACCGGCACCAACCGGUGAAUUGUUUCCUUUUUUCUUUUUUUUGAAGGUCCAACUGCCGGAAGGAGUAACACCAUUUAUUCGUAUUACACAAAAUGAGUUUUUAGGGCGAAAACAUAAGAAAUUGAAAGAAGAGGAUAUUGCUAUCUGUGUAUGCAAGUAUGAUGCAGAUGAUCCUGAAAGUGCAUGUGGGGAAGGAUGCUUGAAUGUACAGACCAGCACUGAAUGUACACCUGGAUACUGUCAGUGUGGCGAGACUUGCAGAAAUCAGAAUUUUGCUUGCUGCCCGCAGAGAUUCCAGAAAUGCGAAUAUGCCAAAACUAAGUUGUUCAGGACUGAAGGGCGUGGUUGGGGUCUUUUAGCUGAUGAGAAUAUAAAGGAUGGACAGUUUAUCAUUGAAUACUGUGGAGAAGUGAUAUCUUCUGAAGAAGCAAAGAAAAGGUGUCGGGCUUAUGAAGCUCAUGAUCUCAAGGACGCGUACCUAAUUUCUCUGGAUGCUAAUUAUUUCAUUGAUGCCACCAGGAAGGGAAGUUUUGCAAGAUUCAUAAAUCAUUCGUGCCAACCAAAUUGUGUAACAAGGAAAUGGACAGUGUUAGGGGAAACUAGGGUAGGAAUAUUUGCAAAGCAAGAUAUAUCCGUUGGAAUGGAGUUGGCAUAUAACUAUAAUUUUGAGUGGUACGGGGGUGCAACUGUUCGUUGUCUGUGUGGAGCUGCAAACUGUUCUGUAUUUCUGGGCGCGAAGUCUCAAGGAUUCCAGGAGUACAACCACGUCUGGGAAGAUGGGGAUGACAGAUAUACAGUGGAGAAAAUUCCCCUUUAUGACUCGGCAGAGGAUGAAUGUUUUCCAGUGAUCUCUGGAACUAGUGGAGGAAAUGAGCCGACUAAGAUAUUGAAUGACAGUGAGGGGACUAUGUGCAAGUUGGAACCAAGUAAUAGCACGUGUAAGAAUUAUAAUAUUGGAUCUGGCUCAACCCCGAAGAAGAAGCCUCAACGCAUUCCCAAGCGGAAGAUCAAAUCUUCCAGACGUAAACAAGUGAAUGAUGGAGAUUUUGCUAAAAGGUUUGCAUCAAAGGAAGCACGAGAAGAAAUUACUAAGUACGAGGGGAUAAAAAAUGAAGCCACUUCAAAGCUCAAUUCCGUAUAUGAAGAAAUUCGUCCGACCAUUGAAGAGCAUGGGCUGGACAACCAGGAUAGCGUGUCGACCAGUGUAGCUGAGACGUGGAUUGAAGCACACUGUUCUAAAUACAAAGCAGAUUUUGAUCUCUACUUUUCUGUGAUCAAGAAUGUAAUGUACCCUCAUCCAGCAACCGACUCGUUUGCCGCAGGGCCUUCUGAAGGAGGAGUCGGACCUCAAACAGCCAAUGCUGAAGCCAACCCUCCCUUAGGAGGAGCUGAAUGAAGCAUUUGGCAAAUCAAUGACCUUAUCUCUCGAUACUAAUACCGUUCAAUCUUCAAAAAUUUCAGACAAAUUUCUGUUAGUUAAGUGCUAAUUUUACCCUCCCUAGAAGCCCUCACCCUCUUUGCUCCUUUGGUGACUUGAACAUACAACUUUAGGGCGGGAGUUGACCAUCCGAGCAACUUCCUCUAGUCUGCUGUUAGUUAGUAGUCAGACAUGGAAACUUGUUCUUUUUUAUUUUUUAAAUAAAAUAGACUUUUGUUGCU